UAUUAAGAACUCUCUUGUUUCAUGCAUCCUCAUCAUCAUCAUCAUCAUCAACAUGGCUGCCUUACUCAUUCUGCCAUUUCUUCUUCCUCUUCUUUCAAACACAGCCUCUGCAACUCAAUUCUGUGCUUCAAACAAGGCCAAUUCUGAUGACCUUUCUGUUAUGCACAUCUAUGGCAAAUGCUCACCCUUCAACAAUCCAAACCCUACUUCUUCAUGGCUCACUACUGUCAUGAACAUGGCUAUUAAGGACCCGGCGAGGCUCUCCUACUUGUCUAGCCUCACGGCACAAAAGCCCAAGGCUAAGACUAAUGUGCCCAUUGCUUCGGGCCAGAAUGUGUUGAACACUGGCAACUAUGUUAUUCGGGCCAGGAUUGGGACUCCGGGCCAGGUCAUGUAUAUGGUGUUGGAUACUAGUAGUGAUAAUGCGUGGGUGCCUUGCAGUGGGUGCGUCGGGUGCUCGGAAACCGUGUUCGCCCCGAACACGUCGUCCACUUUCGGGCCGGUCGAGUGCUCCGUGCCCGAAUGCAGUAUGGUGAAUGGGAUGUCGUGCCCCACCGGCGGGUCGGGCGCUUGCAACUUUAACCAAUCCUACGGCGGAGACUCCUCGUUUUCGGCCGCGUUGUCACGUGAUGCGCUCGGGCUGGGCAAUGAUGUUGUGCCGGACUAUGCUUUCGGGUGCAUCAAUGCAGUGUCGGGCUCGAAAAUCCCGCCCCAAGGGCUAUUGGGCCUGGGCCGGGGCUCCAUGUCGUUGCUCUCGCAAGCCGGAGCGCUUUACUCGGGGGUAUUCUCGUACUGUUUACCCAGUUUCAAAUCCUAUUAUUUUUCCGGCUCGCUCCGGCUUGGACCGAUGGGUCAACCCAAGACCAUAAGAACCACUCCACUCCUUAAGAACCCACACCGCCCAUCUUUAUACUACGUGAACCUGACCGGCGUCAGUGUGGGAAAGAUUUGGGUGUAUAUUCCCCAAGAGCACCUAACUUUCGAUCCGGCCACCGGAGCCGGCACCGUCAUUGAUUCCGGCACGGUUAUAAGCCGGUUUGUCGAACCGGCUUACGUGGCAAUCCGGGAGGAGUUUAGGAAACAAGUGACGGGCCCAUUUAGCUCCUUGGGUGCAUUUGACACGUGCUUUGCAGUGACAAAGGAGUUCAUGGCACCACCCAUCACCUUCCACUUUCAAGGAAUGGAUUUAGUGCUUCCAAUGGAGAACACCUUGAUUCAUACUAGCUAUGGGAACUUGGCUUGCUUGGCCAUGGCCGCCGCACCAAAUAAUGUCAACUCUGUGCUGAAUGUGAUUGCCAAUUUGCAGCAGCAGAACCUUAGGGUUUUGUUCGAUACCAUCAACUCUCGCUUGGGGAUUACUCAUGAAAAUUGUAACUAAUAUUAACAGUCAUCCCAAAUCCAAAUAUGAUGUGAACCCCCUUUGAUUCCUCCUUUUAGCCUCGUUAUUUUUCUCCUAAUUUGUGUGUCCACGUUACAGUUGUUGCAGUUUAAUAAAAAUGUAGAGCUUGUGAAAAUAUUAA